UGCGAGGUUCAAGAGAGUCUAGGUGGUAGCCGCAUCGUGUCGGCGCAAAACGACCUCUAAAGCCGUGCAGAGCUGGCCCUGCGGGAUGGCAGCCUCUGAGGAGGAGCCUGAGGCCCUGACGGAGCAGCUGGACGUCGCGCGCCGCCUGGAAAAUUUGCCUGUGAGCGCGUGGCCCCCAGGGACAGAGCCAGAGCCCUUUCAGUAUACUCUUGAUCAUGUAGCCGGGCCUGGAGGAGACACUGAUCCCACUCUAAUAACCUUUCCUGGAUGCGUUUGUCUCAAAACUCCCUGCCUCCCUGGAACUUGCUCCUGUCUCCGUCGUGAGAAGAACUAUGAUGAUAAUUUAUGCCUGAGACACAUAGGAUCAGAAGCAAAGUGCGCUGAGCCAGUUUUCGAAUGCAAUGUCCUGUGUCAGUGCAGCGACCACUGCAGGAACAGAGUGGUCCAGCGGGGUCUGCAGUUCCAUCUCCAGGUGUUCAAGACAGAUCGCAAAGGCUGGGGACUUCGUACCCUGGACUUUAUACCAAAAGGACGGUUUGUCUGUGAAUAUGCUGGCGAGGUUUUAGGAUUCCCGGAAGUACAGAGAAGAAUUCAGUUACAAACAAUACACGAUUCGAAUUACAUUAUAGCCGUCAGGGAGCAUGUUUAUAAUGGGCAGGUAAUGGAAACGUUUGUUGAUCCUACCUCUAUAGGAAAUAUUGGAAGAUUCCUUAACCAUUCUUGUGAGCCAAACCUAUUGAUGAUUCCUGUCCGAAUCAACUCGAUGGUACCAAAGUUGGCACUUUUUGCAGCCAAAGACAUUGUGCCAGAAGAAGAACUCUCUUAUGACUAUUCAGGAAGAUUUCUUAAUCCACUGGAUAGUGAAGACAAAGAAAGGUUAGAUAAUGGGAAAUUAAGGAAACCUUGUUACUGUGGUGCUAAAUCAUGUGCUGCGUUCCUGCCUUAUGACAGCUCACUGUACUGCCCCUUAGAAAAGCCAAACACGAGUGAGGAGGGAAGAGUAUAGCAGAAGCGUGUCUGGCCUCGCAGUGGAGGAGAAUGAGGAGGAAUCGAGUGAGUUUGGCUCAGUCCUUCCUGGGUUCCCCUCUUACAAGCAGCUUACCCUCAGGGUGAGUCUCUGCUCUGUGGUAAGGAUCUUGCCCCUCACUGUAGGGGAGCCCAGUGGUUGUAACUGAGGAACGUGGCAGAGGCUACAGAUUGUCCAGCAACACUCUCUCUCCCCUUCUAUCCUAGAAUUCUCAGUUUUUAGCUGGGUACGUGACUGCUGAGAAUACUCACUUUUCCUAGUGAGAUGUGGCUAAGGGACUAUGUCAUAGCUAGUAGGAUAUGAGGGAAAACGUUGUGCCCUUAAGUGGAGAUAUCCUUCCCUUAUCCCACUCUUUUUUCUUCUUGGCUGGAAUGUAUACAUGAUAACUGGAGCUGGAGCAUCCAUGCCAUACCCCAAAAUAACCUUGGAAAAGAAAGCCACACAUAGCAGAUCAGCGAAAUUGAAAGGAGUCUGGAGGCUGUAUACUGUCCAACACUCUAUCAGUCCUGAUCUGACACCUCUGGACUAUUCGGUGAGAAACUGUGUCUUCGUCAUUUAUGCCGCUGUUAUUUUGAACUUUCUAGUACUAGCACCAAACCUAAUCGGUGAUCCAAGGAAACCCUGAUGGCUGAAUACCUAACCUCCAAACAAAUCUAAGACACAGUUCUCCUAGCCUGUAUUUAAAUAUAAUUGAAUUCCCUCAAUUAGAGCUUCCAUUUACCCUCAAGGCAAAGUGGGUUUGUUUUUGUUGUUUAUUUUGGAAGUGUCUGCUUGCUUGCCAGUCUGUUUCUCCUGCCUUCCCCAACUCUUAAAAAUAAACUCUUUCCCCUUUCCUCUGCAGUAACCAACCUACCUCUUCCCCACACCUCCUCCCCCAAUUGUACACUCAUUGGAAUGCAUUCUCAGCUCUUUGGAGGGUGGAAACAAGGACGGUUCAAAGACUAAUCCUAGACCUUCAACGGACACCAGACCUGCCACUAGCCUAACUUGCCUUGCAGAAAUUGCUCCCAAAUUUUUGACUAGUUUAAAACCAUUUUAGCUUCUAAAUUGCUGAUUUUUUUUGUCUAGUGAGAGGACUUACAAUAACCUAAUAUUUACUAUCACUACCCUUUCAGAAAGAGAAGGCACAGGGAAGGGGGGCACAUAACCCCUUAAAAUCUGUCAGCAGUUCUUAAAAUGAAAUCAGUGUAGCUUUAUAAACAACAUGACACCUGGCCCUUAUUUUUCUUCGCCAAGACCAGUACUUGGGAAGUGGUUCUGGUUGAUCCACCCAGUCAUCUAAACAACUGUUAUUUGUUCAUUAAUUCAAUUCAUGCAUUCAUUCACAAACAUUUAUCAAGUAUCUAGUAUGUGCUGGGUGGUGUGAAGUCAAGUCCCUGAAUUCAUAUUUAAUUCAGCAAAUGUUUCUAAGCACCUACUAGGCUACAUUCUGGAGAAAUAGAGACCAAAAGCCAUCUUCAUUCCCAAAGUGUUUAGAGUCCAAUAAGGGAAAAAAAAAUAGAGUGAGGGGGUCUCAAGGGUCUACACAUUAUGUCCAUACUUCUUAAGUCUUCGAAACACUUUAAUUUGGUAUGUGUGUACAAAUUUGGCAUUUGUGUGAUUGAUUUAUGCCUAGCUCCUCUGUUGGACUAUAAGCUCCUUGAGGACUGGGACCAGAUCUAAUAGUGCUCGCCAGUUUCUGUCUAGCACUUAAUGGGUAUCACUGAGUGAAUGAACUAUAUAGUGUGAUGAAUGUGACAUCUUUAGGAUGAAGUCCAAAUUCUUUAUGCGAGCACCUUAAUGCCUUCCACAGUCUAGCUUUUCAGCAAAACCGCACUGCUCACUUCCCAUUCUAUGACCUAUAGCCCCUCUGGGUAGCUCUCCGUUUCCUCAUCAGGUCCUGGGGGAAGUUCUGCUCAUGCUGCUUUCCUCCUCCAGGACAGCUCCCUUCUGCCACCCUUCCGCCCCUCCCCUCAUUGCUUAGUGACUUCUUUCCCAACCUUCUUGAAAGUCUCAACUCAAAUCCCAUUUCCUCUGUGAGGCAGGAGUUGGGGUUCCCUGGAGAGCACACUCUGAGAGGAAGGUUGGAGUGCAGGAAGAUUAGCAGGGGAUGCCAUUGGGAUUAGCACCUGUGAUCCAAUGGAAGGGAAGGAGGCGGGAUGGGCAAAGGAGAACUUGGGCUGCAAUGAAAUCUCAACAAAGACCACAGCCAACCCACAAGGGGCCUUGAAGCUGGGGCGGCCUUUCAGGGUUGCCUGUACUAUAGCUGUAGUGAGAGGUAGAGCCUUUACAGUCCUGCAUCAGCCAGUCACUGGAUGCAGGCCGCCUGUGGAAAGGGAGCUGAUAGCACUCUCAGCGGCCAAGGAAUAAAUCCUUCGGGCCUUCGGAGGGAUGUGCGCAGAGCACACAGCAUUCACUACACCAAUAUUUUCAAAUUUCAGCACCCAUCGAAACCACCCAGAGGGCUUGUUAAAACACAUAUUGCUUAGCCCUAAUCUCAGAGUUUUUUGAGUUAGUAGAUCUGGGGUGGGGCCUGAGAACCUGCAUUUCUAAUAAGUGGCCCGGUGAUGCUGAUGAUACUUUGAGGGAUCACAGUGAUUACAUUGUAACCUUGACACGCUGUAACCACAUAAAGCCUUAACCCACGUAAUUUCUGACCAUUCACAUUGCUCUCACCAUGUGCUGCCUUGUGCUGUGUUAUUUCUGUGUCAUCUUUUUGAGCCUCAUCCUUUUAAGAACACCAAGCUCUACAGACCAUGUUAUGGUUUAUGUUUGUUAUGGACUGAAUGCAUCCCUCCCCCACCUCCCAAAUUCAUACAUCAAAGCCUUAGGUCCUAAUGUGAUGUUAUCUGGAAGUAGAACUCUUGGGGAGGUAAUUAAGUUUAGAUGAGCUCAGAGGAGUCAGACCCUCAAGAUGGGAUUAGUGCCCUUAUAAGAAGAGGAGUCUCUCUCUCUCUCUCUCUCUCUCUCUCUCUCUCUCUCUCUCUCUCUCUCUCUCUCUCUCUAUCUCUCUCUCUCUCCCUCCACCCCCCUCCACGCCCUCCCCCUCCCUCGCCCUCUCUCCA